GUGUAAUAACAUAUUGUCAAAACUAAAGGGACAUACAAUGUUUCAAAAUGUUCACUUCUGUUCUUGAGGUUGCUUCUCGUUUGAACCAGCCCCAAUAUCGGCAAUUAGCAGAAUCCCAAAUCUCAUGUUUCUUCAUCACCGUCUCAGAACUCUGGUCUACUCCCAAACCCCAAAAUGUCACCAUCUUCAGAGAUUCCACCACUCUUUCAAUUCCUUCUCCACCGCCACUUCAGAUUCAUCUCAACAACCCUUCACAGUCUCCUACCUCACCAACAAUCUCGGUUUAUCUCCACAAGACGCUCUCAAAGCAUCCAAACGCAUCCAUUUCACCACCCCCGAAAAACCCGAUUCCGUCAUCACCUUCUUCAAAUCCCACGGUUUCUCCAUUCCCCAAAUCCAAUCCAUCAUCCUCAAAGCCCCAACACUCUUAUCAUCCAACCCCACAACCAUUCUCCCAAAGUUUCAAUUUUUAGCCUCCAAAGGCGCUUCCCCCUCUGACAUAGCCGCCACCGUCACCAGAAGCCCCCAUUUCCUCAACUCAAGCCUCAAACGCAUUAUCCGUUCUUUUGAAUUGGUAAGAAGUUUCUGUCCCUCUGAUCAAAAAGCUAUUACUUCAAUCAUAUUCUGUCCCUCUUCCAUUUCUGAUAUCCGAAUGAAACCAAAUCUUCAAUUUUUACUCGAUUCCGGUGUCACUCCUUCCAGCAUUUACCGUUUGCUUAGUUCUAGACCUUCUGUAAUUUGUUCUACUGAUUUGAGAAAGGCUGUGGAGGAGAUUAAGGGACUAGGGUUUCACCCUUCCAAAUACAAUUUCUGUUUGGCAUUACUAGCCAAAAGGGCUGUCACUAAAUCACAAUGGGAUGCCAAAAUUGAUGCAUUCAAGUGUUGGGGUUUCUCUGAAGAUGCAAUUUUUGAUGCAUUUAAAAGGAACCCUAAGAUUAUGCUACUGUCUCCAGAUAAACUCAACGCGGUCAUGAGUUUUUGGAUCAAACAGCUUGGUUGGGAUCCUUCACUGCUUCUGCGAGCACCGGAUCUUUUCGGAUUUAGUAUAAAGAAAAGGUUUAUUCCGAGGGCUUCCGUUGUUACGUAUCUACUUUCCAAUGGUUUGAUGAAGAAGGGUGCUAGCUUAAUUACGCCAUUUUAUCUGUCUGAUGAGUUGUUCCUGCAAAGGUAUGUGAAAUGUUUUGAGGAUGAAGCGUCUAAGCUAUUAAAGCUGUAUCAAGGGUAGGAUGCUGGCAUCUGGUGCUUGGAUAAGUUGUUAAAACACAUUUUGUUGCAACUGAAUAAACCAGCCAUAUAGUGCUAUUCAUCUUGUUAUACUUGCUCAGUAAGUUGGAACCCUUUUUUUUGUUGGUCACAGUUUUGACUUAUAUCCCUAAUUUUGUUUUAAAUUUGUAAGUAAUUGACACAAUAGAAUAAUUAGUGUUGUGGUUGGAGAAUACGAUUGGUGAUAUAUGGAUUUAUGGGAUUUUAGAACAAUGCUUGAAUUUCUAACAAAAGAAUGACCGUGGAAUUGUAGAGCAAAAAAGUAGACAUAUUUGUUAUAAUGGAAAAUCAUACAAGCUAUUUGGUAUCUAUUACAUAGAAUAUCUAUAUUGGAACUAGCAACUCUUUUCCUUUAGUUCUAGAAGACUAAUAAACUUUUGAGUAGAAGUGAUAUGCCGCUGUCCUAUAUGAACAUUUAAUUUUGUGCAAUGGUUUUAACAAUAUGUUAAGAGGAAGUCCCUAUUUUCACUAUUUGAUUGUUUCUAUGACAUUUCCGCUAUUCAUGUAAUUCUUUCCUUCUCUUCAAAUAAUAACUUUAUCAAGUUUACCUUUCACCUUACCAAUGAAAUGAUCAAAUAUGGCCCUUGUAUGCAUCCUCAACUGUCAGGCUGAGUCAAGGACUUUCUGAUAUCAGUUCUGAACCAUUUUCUGGCAUAAUUCAAAUAGGUUUCUUGCCACAUUCCGAUUCAAAAAACGAGGAUGUUCUUGACAGGUUCAGUUCUUGUUUUUGUCAGGUGAUGCGUGCUCAGAGAAUCAUUUAGUGUUUAGUAAAAGUUUAAGAAGAAAGGUUCAGGUGAUUUAAUGAUGAUAGCACAUCCUCUUCAUGGC